CAGUUUCUGUGCGACUUUCUUGCGGGACUGUUUGAGCUUGUUGCGAUUGCGCGCGUCUUUUGCAGUGGGACAGGAAAGCAUUUUGCUCGCGAGAAGUUCGCGAAUUUUUGGUGACUGAAUCGCGUGCGCGUUUACGAAGUCGCGUGCGAGCGUUUCCACUGCGUUUUGCGUGCUUUAUUCGUACGAUUUUUUGGCCAACGAACUGCCAUCGAAAUGGAAUUGGAAUUGCAAAUGGAAAUUAAAAUUAAAAUGGGACCGAAAAUAGAAAUAGACACUGAGAGGCAAAUGAAAAUGAAAAUGAUAAUCCCGCCUGCAUCUGGCGCUCAAACCUAAUCUUUUAUUGUGCGGCUACCUUACAAAUAGUGCUCGUAAAAAGUCUGGCAACAGUAAAAAGCAAUUCAGUGCGGCCAUAAAACCAAAUCAAAGUGGUAUACGUUCCACCGUACAUAAGGAAUAUAUGUAUUGUGUAUAGUGUCCGCCCUAUGCUGCCACAAGAUCAGGCUGAACAUAUGUACAUGCAUGCAUAUAGAGUAAUAUCCACAAAAGAGACACAAACACACAAAACUCGUUUCGAACAUAUAAAGAAAAUAAAUAAAAGUAAAAAAACAAAUUAAAUUAAACUCAUUUUUAAUUACCUGCUGCCCAAAAGAUCACAUAAAGAGCGUGCAAUAAAAAAUAUUGGUAUCAGUAAAUUAAUUAUAUUGUAUAUAGAGAAACAUGCUGCAAUAAAGCGAUCUUAACGAUUCACAAAUAAAGAAACAGAGGCUCCAGUUCAGCUAAGCUCCACACAAAUCGAUCCCGCUUCGGCUUCCAAUUCCCGCUACAGCUUCGCUUCCAAUCGUUCAGCGAUCAGCGUUCGCGUGGGGCUGAAACAAAAGACUUAGGCAACGAACUUGCUGCCAUUUCGUGGUGUCGUUUGUCGUUUAUUUUUUCAACCUGCACACAAAUACAAACACAAACACAACCGUCAACAGCAACACACACUCACACCCCAUCGACCACACACUCUAACACACACACACAAACACACUCACCAGAUAACGGUGCUUCGAGCGCCUCCGAAUCACCGAGUGAUAGCAGCGGCUGCAGCAGACCCCAACAGCCCCAACAGUUCCCAACAAACUAAUUGACAACUCAAAUCCUGCCGAACAACGAGAAACGGGAGAAGAGAAAAAAAACAAUUGUUAAACAACGUUUCGCUUGCCAGUCGGAUUGUCCGCUUGUCGGAUUGUCGGCCUGCCCCACUGGGGGGACUUCAGCUCCAUCUCCAGUUUCAGCUUCAGCUCCAGCUUCAGCUUCAACUUCAGUUUCAACUUCAAUCAAAUCGCUGCCCCAACGACAAUUGCAAAGUGUGCCUCUUAAUGCAUUUUACCCGCAACCACAAACACACAUUCAAACAACGAAACAAAAAAGAAGUUGAAAUAAAUUUACAUAAAUAUUUCACUUGCCAGUUUUUGCCAGUCCACAUCCGCGUUUCAAGAGAUUGAGCCUGGAUAGGCAACAGUGUGUGCGUGUGAAUCUUUGUGUGUCCCGUUUUGCAUCUGUAUCUGUAUCUGGAUCAGAUCCGAUCCGUGCCUUAAGCCGUGCCUCUACCUUCGCACCGCAUCGCAUCGCUUUGCACCUGAGAUUCUGCCCAGCAUCAAGAGAUCUUCAAAGUCUACCCCGCCCCAAGUGCACUGGCUGGCAUUUCCUGCGCACAGCACACAUUCUUCCUGCUCCGCUUCGGGGGAGCCAAAUCUCUUCCGCAGUUAACCAACACUGACAAGCAUAUCGCAUUAGCCAACACUUGUCGAAUUAAGGCGCUACUCUGGCGCUUCAGGCACAACAAAUGAUCGGCACUGAGGAUAUGUCCGCAUCGGCUGGCAUGGAUAUAAGCGAAUCCUUUCGUGCCGAGGAUCUCUCCAAGGCGGACUUCUUCGACUUUGUCACUGGCCCCGACAUGGGCAUCGGCAUUGGUGUGGGCGUCGACUCCUUGGGCGUCAGCCUGCACCAGCAGCAGCACCAUCAGCAGCAGCCCCACCAGCAGCAGCAGCAGCACCACCACAGUCAGCACAACAGUCACACCGCCAGCCACGUUCAAGUGGUGCACCAGCCAACCAUCUCCAUCUCCACCCAAUCACCACAGCAGGCCCUGUGCGGCGGUGGUGCGAGAACCAACAGCAGCAUGAUCCACGAUGGUGGGGGAGGCGGUGGUGGAGGGGGAGGAGGAGGAGGAGGUGGCGGUGGCAUCGUGAUACCCGUGGGCAAUCGAAAUGGUAGCAGCAAUGGAGGAGAUCCCACGUUACAGGGCUAUGAGUUCUGGAACCAGGACAAGGACAGCAGUCGCCUCGAUUCUACCUCCAUAUUCGAGGACCUCGAUCGUUACUGCUGGCAACAGCAGCCGGUCACUGCCAACGCUGGUAAUGGUGGAGCCACAGCCACAGCCACCAACCAGCCCAGUCCCACGUCUCCUCAGUCGCACCACCACCAGCAGCAGCAGCAUUCGCAUGCCCACCAACAGCAGCAGCAGCCCAAUCCCAGCAGUUCCUCGGCCGCCUCCAGUGGGGCGGGCAGCAGCAGCGACACCAUCAGCAGCCUGGACACCACCGACGGACAGAUCUACACCCUGACAGUAUUAAACGGCGGCGAGCCCUGGCUGAAGCGCUCUGAGGCAGAGCAGCUGCCGAGCUCCCUCGAUCUGGACAGUCUUCUGGGCAGCUUUCCGGGGUACAUCAAGUCGGAGUAUCCAUACGACGACAGCGGCUUCAGCACAGACGCCAAGGAUGUGAUCGUGAACGGGGCAGAUGCCAAUGGUCUCAGCAGUAUUUCCCAGGGCCCCACACAGACGCUGCCCUCGCUCGUUACGGCCAUUUCCAUCGCGGGGGGCAAUGACUUGGGCCAGCAGUUGGCCCAGUUCCAGAACAACAACAACGACUGGCAUAUGGCCGAUCACAAUGCCGAGACGGAGCAGAGCACGGCGGAGUCACUGCUACGUAGCGCGCUCCAGGGUAAGGGGUACUCCAAGGGUCUGCAUAUGCAGAACGGCCUAGCUAUGCCCGUCGUCAAGGAGGAGGAUAUGCGGCGCCUGCUCUUCACGGACGAUGCUGCCGAUGCCCUGGGCUUUGCCGACUCCACGCUAAAUGCCGCCCAAAUGUUUGACGAGGCUCAGGGCAUGGCUGGUGUCCAUCUCACAUCCCAGCAGCAGCAGCAGCAGGUGCAACAGCAACAGCAGCAGCACAAUGGCAAUGCCAAUAUCAUUGUGGACGAUAUGUUCCUGUCGUUGGAGAACGCCUUCAGCGAUGACUUUGAGAAGAUCAAGCGCAUCGCCAACGAGGUGCAGCAGUUCUGCACCGGAGGCUCUUCGACGCCCACGCCAGGCACAGACUACAGCAGUGCCACCGAUGUCCUCAUGCAAAUCUCCCCGAAUCCGACGGCAAUCACGACGGCCAAUCAGCUCCAGCCGCCGCAGCCACUAAAGCCGGAAGUGAGCACAUCAACACCGCCCACGGGCGGAGCAGGCUCAUCCGCCAAUCAUCCUGGCAGAUCUUGCAGUGGCAUCUCAAAGCCCAAGAAGCAGUACAAACGGAGCAGCAGCAGCAGCACUACCAGCAGCAGCAACAACAACAACAAUCCCAAUGUGGCUAACAACAACAACAACAACAACAACAGCAGCAGCGGCAGCGGCGGAGGAGGAGCACUGGGCGUGGUCAUGGGCAGCAGUGCGGGAAGUGGCAGCUCAUCAUCCAGCGGCAGUGCGAGCAGCAGCAGCAACAGUCCGCCUGCCAACUCCAGUGGCUCCUCCUCCUCGGCCAGUGGCGGCGGUGGUCAGCGGAAAGAGCGCUCCCUGCACUAUUGCUCCAUCUGCUCGAAGGGAUUCAAGGACAAGUACUCGGUGAAUGUCCACAUCCGCACCCACACGGGCGAGAAGCCCUUCGCCUGCUCCCUGUGCGGCAAGAGCUUCCGGCAGAAGGCGCACCUGGCUAAGCACUACCAGACGCACAUGACCCAAAAGAACAAUGGAAGCCUGAUCAAGGGCAGCUCCUCCAAGCACCAGAGAUCCAGUGGUGGAUCAUCUGCGGCAGCCGCAGCUGCAGCAGCAGCAUCCAUCAAUCAGCAGCGGCAGAUGACUCCGUCACUGCCUGGCAUGAUCAGCAAUCCGAACACUCCGCCUGGCAUCCUGCCCCCAGCCAAUGGCCUGCUCACGAAUCGGUAGUACGACGGCAGAAGUCCCCGCAAACGAAACUAUUUCUUGUUCCUUACUCACAAAACACACACACACACAACGACAAAAGCUAAAUGAAAACUAUAUAACUAUAUAUACAUAUGUAUAUGCUACUCGAAUACAUACUCCUGGAGGGAUAUGGGGAUCCCAUACUCCACUCCGUCUCGAAUUUACGUCAUUGAAGAAUUCCUAUAUUCAGCUUUCUGUGCAAUUCCUAUAUACCUACUCGUACUCGAACAUAUACCAACCAACACUCGAAGCACUUCCAAAUAAAAUACUCAACUUAAUGUACAUUUUAAUGCUUAAAGACACAACCACAAAUUAAAUUUAAAUGUGCCAAAUUUUGAAGAUUUUAAUUAAUGCUACUACCAGAUAGAACCUACAAUUAAACUAAAUAGAGAUACGUAUAAGUGUAAUCAAGCUAAUGAAGCAAUUCUACGCGUGGUGAUAUCAAAAUGAGGCCAAACGCUUCCCUGCUAAAAGAAGAAAAAUAGAAAGAGAAAAUACUUACCCUACAACAACCGACGUCCUAAGAUCCUGACAUCCUGAAAGUCUUAGAAAACCAAUCCACAAACUUCUUCUUCGUCUCGAAAACAAUGCGUGUUCUUCAUGUAAAUUGAAAGUAUUUUUUUUUUCUUAGUUGCAUUGCCCAAAUUAGCAUAAUUUUUGUGUAUAUAACUAAUUAAUUGAUUAACUAAUUAUAUCCAAUUAGUUUGUAAACAGCCAGCUAAGGGAAUGCCAAAUGCUUGAGUCCAUGUUCAAGAACACUGACCCAGGGCCAGUCUUUAUUUCUCCUGCCAAGAACUUUCCAGAACUUCUCUCCUCCCUCAAGAAUCUCUUUGAUCUCUUGGGCCCCUCUCCCCCUGCCAGUGUUCGCAGACUUCAAAGAGGCAUUCUUCUUCAGUAGAGGAGGGCACAAGUAAAAUAAUUAUGUAUAAAAAUCUACAAACAAUGCGUUAAACAAACUCAACUUGCACUUGCCAUUAUUUUUGUAUUUGAUAAAACACGAGUCGUAGUACGACAUACCAUAAAACAAAUAAUAAUAAAAAUAGUGCCCCUAAAUGUAUAGACAACGUUAAAGAGAAAGAGAGCGUUAGAGAGGUUAAGCGUAGGUUAAAUAUAACUAAUGGUUAAUUAAACUGCCAAUUAUUUUGUGAUAGUUUUUAAAAAAGGUAAUUCCAUUAUAAUAUAUUAUGUAAGUGCAUAUCUUCAAUGGUGUUUGGGUUAUGUAACAUUUAAUCGAUUUGUUAUAAACUGUGUGUAAACUCUUGUAAUACGAGUAGUAUUUGUCUUCUAAUUUAUUGAAUUUAGUAGUUAUAUGUACAUACAUACGACAGCUCGAGAGCUACUAGCUAGCGGGAGAGAGAGGUCGUUCGAUCCUUGUUUUAUAUUGAAGCCUAGGCUAAGCCACACACAUCAACAAAAAAUCUUAGUUAAAUCUUUGUUAGUUAUUAUUUAUGCACACACACACUCGACACACACAUAUCCAUUUGCGGUUAAGUUUUGCAUUAAUAUUUUUAUUAGUAUUGCAAGCAUUAAAAAAUAAAGAAAUCUUAAACGUUUUAUUGACAAUUAAGAUGC